CUCUAAUUUUACAUCUCAACAUUGCUGGCUCUCUCAUAGGAAACUUUUCAAUCUUCUUAUAAAAGGAACAAUAACUCUUUGUAUUCACCACCCGCCCAUAGUCCGAUUCUAUUCUCUCUCCUUUUUUUUUUCUCUCUUUUAAAUCUUGAAACGAAAUUAAAAGAGAGAAGAAAAAUUAAGGAGGGAGAAUUAUUGAGAAAAAAAUGGCAAUUUCAUCUAGGGUGGUCGUUUUCCUUGGUCUUAUUUAUGCAUCUCUUAUGUCAAUCGCUUGCUCGCAAUCCAUGGCUCCGGCACCUGCUCCCACAAGCGAUGGCACAUCAAUUGACCAAGCAGUAGCAUAUGUCCUAAUGUUGGUGGCCUUGCUUCUCACUUACAUCAUUCAUUAAGGCAUCAACAUUGGACUCAUUCUGAUUAAUACAGAUCUUUCAAGGACAUGUAACAUGUAAUAGGAGGAAGGAAGAUGUUUUAAUUUUAUUAUUGCAAAUUUGAAUAACUUCCAUUAUUCUUUGAAUAGUCUCGUUCUAUUUAUAGUGUUUGUUACAUCGUUGUUAGUUUUUUUUUAACUAUUGUUAUUGGUGCGAAAUAUCCAACAAUUUUGUUGAUAUUUAAUUUCUGUAGCAGAAAUUAAGUAACAACUUUUAGUGAGAUAUUCCCUCGUAACCACAUUCUUAGUACUUUCUUAUAUUGAUGGUACAAUAUUUGAAAUUUCAAUUAAAUUAAAUAUGAAUUAGCCUUUGUUCAAA